UUUGAAAAUGUAAACAACUCGAUGUAAAUACCAACAAAGGCUUCGUAGGGGGGGCAGCCACGGGAGUGAGAUGUACUGGAGAAGCUGAAGUUACAAGGAUUAGUACACCUAGGCCUAUAUAUAGGCUGCUGCAAAAAAUCAAGGGAUACCAUCAUGCUAGCCAAAGGCAACUAUGUACUGUGGAGACUACUAGUAAUGUGCACAGUAAUGUGGCUAACAACUAUGAUGGCGGGUGGUGACCAAGUCCACACAUCAGCUAGUACUCAUGAUAUGGCUGUGGAUGGUGACACUGUUCAGAAAAAAAAUAUAAAUGAAAAUGUACGGAAAAAGUGCAAAGAAACUGUAGUAAAUGAAAAGAGAUAUGUUGGGAUCACUGAUACUCUUAAAUUUCAAGAUGAUAGUAGUGCAUGUAGCUUAGACUGUGGUGAGCAAUAUACAUCUAACAAAGAGAACAUGAAAAAUGCUCAAGAAACAGAAAGAGGCAGCAGUGACUUAUCAUCAGAUUUGCAGAAUGGAUGCUCUUCAGUAUGGUGCUAUUCCUCCUUUGAAUCUGGCCUUCGGUGUCACUUUAGCAAUUUGUAUUACAACCACCUACAGGAGGAAUUUGUUUUUGUGUCUUGUGAUCACUCCAUUAUCUAUGGAAUAAAAAAUUUAAAAGCUCUUCAGGAGACAUUAUAUCUCUCAUCGGUGGAGAACCAUUCAGCAUUCAAAUUGUCAAUAUCUGUCAUACCAUGGCCAACUUUUAUUACCUCAUAUAGAAGUGAAGUCGUUACUGGCCAGAGCUUUAUAAUGGCUCGAUUUAAGCCUGAUAAUCUCCUGCAUGUUUUCCAUGAUGAUUUAUUACCCUUUUAUUUUACAAGCUAUGAAAUAUGUGCUGGCAAGAAGUCAUGUCAAUCCAGAUUAAAUGUUAUAUUUGUGGAUAAAAAUGACCAUGGCAAACACUGGAAUUUUUACAAAGUGUUAUCAGAAAGAGUAUCAUUAAUAUCUGAUCUUAGUCAUAAUGAGAAGGAUGUUUGGACUCAAUUUGAGCACAUUUAUUUUGGAUUAAACAAGAUAAGUGUCUGGUAUCAGUAUGGCUAUGGCAAGCCCCAAGGCCCUACCACUAGUACUAGUUUUUCAGGCCACUUGAUGAGAAAAUUCACAGAUUUUGUCCUAGAAGGCAUGGAUAUUCAGCCAAAGACAACAGAAGUUCUACAGGGAGUGUUGUUCUCUCGAAAGUCAAAUCGUAAGAUAAUAAAUGAAAAGGAAGUGUCCACUGUUUUGAAAACCCAGCUUGAUAGAAUAAGUGACGGUCAAGAGGUAGAUGUUAAAAUACUCUCUCUAGAAGAACACGGCUUUCACAGAAUAAUAGAGGAGUUGACUAGGACACAUGUGGCAGUUGGAGUGCAUGGUGCAGGACUGAUUCUCUCCAUGUUCCUACCUCCUGGUGCUGUUUUGAUAGAGAUAUUCCCUUUAGGUAUCAGUCCGAGUGCUGCAACAGUGUUUAAAACAAUGUGUGAACUAAAAGGUGUUGGUAUUACGUACAUCCCUUGGUCAAACAAGGAUUUGCUAAAUUCCAUCUAUCACUCUGAUAACCCUGCACAUUAUGGUGGAAUAAGCCAUUUGCCAGAGGAUGAACAGGAGAAAAUGAUUCAGGCUCUUGGAGGUAAAGAAAUAAUCAACAUUGAAUGUUGUGACAAUCCUACUUGGCUUUUUAGGAUAUAUCAAGACACAGUUGUUCAUAUUGAAGGGGACAAAACUGACUUCCAAAGUAUACCAUUCUCAGAAGCUAUUGUUAAUGGUUUACAGAAAGCUGAAAGGUAUUUGCAGAAUAGUAAAAUAACCAAUACACAGAUGGAGUUUUAUCCUUCUGUGGUUAAGGAUGCAAAAUGCAGUUUAGAGAGAACUCAUGAAUCCACAAAACUUUUUGCUGAGUGGAAACCACCAUGGAAUAUCUUGGAUGUAAGAUGUACCAUUAUGUUUUAUGAAGUAGUAAUGCAAAUAAAAGGUGAUAUCAAUGCAGUUUACAAUGAAGUCUUCGAGGAGAAUUUUUUAAAGAGGUUAAGAGCAGAUGUUGAGACUGUUGAUUUAUGGAUAACAUGUUUUUGCAAUAAUAUUGAAGGUGUUGUACUUUAUCUCAGAUGCUUGUAGACUAUUUUGUAUAUAUGUAAAUCUUUAGGAUAUGUAUGAUCUAGUCUCUUGUUUAAUUCUUUGAGAUUAAUUCAGAAUAAACUAUUCUCAUUUUGAGAGUUUCGUAGACUUUGUCUAAUUUGAGUAAUAAUAAGGAUACUUCUUUAUAUCCUAUAAAUAGGCUGUGAGUUUCUGGCUUUUGGCUAGAUUAGACAUUUAGAUCUAUACCCAAAGAACUGCGUAAUCUGAUAGUUGAAAUCCAUAGGUUAUAAUGUGUAUACAAACAUACACAGUGAAUAAACUAAAGUCUUACAGUGCAUAGAAGAAUGUGAUGUAGAAAUUUUCUUGUACAGGAUAUUGAUAUUUAUAUUGACAUAUGUAUUAAAAUACUAGAGUUCAGACUUACAAUAUUUUAUUGGUUAAAUUUUUUUUCUGUAUGAUGUGACACAGUAUUUAGUACUUUUAUAUUGCGUUAUAAAUAAAGUUUUCUUUA